GGUGGCGGUGACAGAAAAUGGGAUCAUGCUCUACAUAUCAUAAUAAACAAGACGUCGAAAAUAAGGACACAACUGAUAAACAGAUCGCAGAGAUAAUCACGAACUUCGAGGCCUUGACGCAAGAAAAAAUAAUAGAUGACAAACGAUGACAGACUCCAAGGCAGUGAAACAGUGAAACAUGUCCCAAGUGAAAGUGAGGGAGAGCUGAGAGACGUUACAUAGCCAUUUCCAAGUAACUCAACAGCCAAAGUGGUAGCACGAUGACACUCAAGAAGAAAGGGAGCGGUGGGGGCGGCGGUGGCGGCGGCGAUGACGGAGGGGGAGGAAACCUGGCGAAGGAGGAGGAGGCGCGGCUGCAGGAGCUGUGCACACCUGAGGACAUUGCCGAGACACGCUGCGGCCUUCCUUUUCUCCAGAAGCUGGCCACCAAGGAGUCGUACGUGUUGGUGCACUGCCUGGUGGGGACGACCAUGGGCAUGUUCUUCACCUACGUCGUCGCCGUCCUCUCCACCAUCGAGAAGCGCUUCAAACUUAAGAGCAGAGAAACGGGCAUCAUUCUCGCCGGCAACGACAUCUCCCAGGUCCUGCUCGCCAUCUUCCUCAGCUACUACGGCAACUUCGGCCACCGCCCUCGCUGGCUCGGGGUGGGCGCCAUGUUCACCGCCAUCUCCUGCUUCACCGCCGCCCUGCCACACUUCAUCUACGGGGCGGGGGAGGACGCCGAGUCAGUGGUGCAGGCGCUCUCCACCACUAACAUCACGGGGUACUCCACGGAGGAGCUCUGUCACACGGGCAGCAAGGAGGACUGUGAAGGGCCGCAGACGCGAGGCUCCGAGUACUACGCCGUCAUCUGUCUGCUGUUCCUGUCGCAGUUCUUCGUCGGUAUCGCCAUCAGCCUCUUCUACAGCCUCGGCCUCACUUACCUCGACGACAACACCAACAAGAAGACCUUUUCCUUCUAUUACACCCUGAACAUACUCCUGCGCAUCAUCGGUCCCGUGUUCGGCUUUGUGAUCGGCGGCCGCGCCCUCUCCAUCUGGAUCGACCCGUCUGAAAAGCCAAACCUGAGCAAGGAGGACCCGCGCUGGCUGGGGGCGUGGUGGCUAGGCCUCUUGUCUAUCGGCGCGGUUGUCUUCGCCACCGCUCUGCCACUCUUCAUCUUCCCGCGAAAGCUCCCGGCAACACUGAGGCGGGAGGGGAGGAAGUACAUUCGCAAGGCCGAGAAGAACAGGCUGGCGGGAGGCUCCAAGACGCCCCAACACUACAGGACUCUUCACCUCAACAAAAUGGAGAUGUCUAGGCCGAGCAUCAAAAACCUGGGGAAGGCUCUGCGGCGCCUCAUCAACAACAAGAUCUGGACAGGCCAUCUCUUCACCGCCAUCAUCACCGUCUUCGCCUUCUCGGGUUACUGGAGCUUCAAACCCAAGUACCUGGAGAAUCAGUUCAGGAAGAGUGCAGCGGAGGCUAAUUACUAUACAGGGAUGGCCAGUCUCAUCGUGUCGUUGUUGGGGUCGGUGGUGAGCGGUUCCGUCAUGAGGUGGGGGCGGCCGGGGCCUCGCCUCGUCACCGGCUACAACAUCUUUAUCACCUGCGUCUCCGUCUGCGGCUUCGUCGUGCUGGCCUUCGUCGGCUGCCCGAAGGUCGACGUGGUGGGGCCCGUGCAGGGGGCCAUGGUGCCGUCCUGCUCGGGAGACUGCGAGUGUUCUGAGAAGUACACGCCGAUCUGUUCCCAGGACGGCGAGACGCUCUUCUACUCGCCGUGCUACGCUGGCUGCCUCGCCGACAACACCACAGCCAGGCCGGUGGAGUACCGUCAGUGCAAGUGUAUAGACGGUUCGGUCACGCCAAACAAUAUGUCCUCGCUCACCAGGCCUCCGGCACACCUAGACGAUGUGCUGCUGCCGCCCUCGGAGUGGGGGACGGCGAGGCGCGGGUACUGUCCUGAGCCGUGCAAUGGGUUCUUCUAUUACCUCGUCGUCCAAAUCAUCACCAAGACCAUCUCAUCCACGGGACAAAUCGGCGGUACCGUCGUCAUGCUCAGGUGUGUGUGUGUGUGUGUGUGUGUGUGUGUGUGUGUGUGUGUGUGUGUGUUGAUAACAGAGGUGGAAUAUGUUGUUUUUUGGUUAUAAUUAGAGGAUGAGGGCAAUAGCAAUGACGAUCGUGAUAGUAGUAAUGGUGAUACUGAUGAUGGCGAAGAGGAGGAAGAUAAUGAUAAUAAUGAUAACGAUGACAAUGAUAAUAAAAGAUGACCAUAAUAUGUACCUGUCCUCCCCACACACCACCACCACCACCACCACCUCAGGGCCGUGUCGGACGAGGACAAGGGCGUCUCGCUGGGCACCAUAACCGUAUUCAUCAGCCUCUUGGGGUUCAUUCCGGCGCCUAUCGUCAUGGGGGCCAUCAUAGACUCCGCGUGCGUGGUGUGGGAGAAGACGUGUGGCGGGACGGGCAACUGUUGGCUCUACGACUCGGAUCACUUCAGGACAACCCUCCAUAUUAUCCCCGCAGUACUUAUGGCCAUCUCCAUCCUGGGUGAGAUUGUGGUCUUCCAGAACAGUCACACACUUGACCUGUACGGGCAAAAGGAGGACGAGGACGAGGACGAGGACGAGGACGAUGAGUAUAGGCGGAAGGAGAAGCCGAAGGAAAACGGGUUGGAGGAAGGGGAGGAGGCCAUUCCCCUCAAGGCGGAACUGACAGGCAGCCUCUUGGCGGUGUAGCAGAGGCCGGGUUCAGGCAGCUCAGGUGUAUGUAUAAGUAGGUGUAGGUAUAGCCAGACUUAUGCACAGAAGCUCUCGAAGCCAAGGAUAAAGGAAGAGUAUUUUUUUUAUACUUAUACAUGCCUAAAACUGCUCCCGAUGUGAGGUGUGAAGGAUGGCACAUGAGCAGGAUGAAACAUAUCGCUGCCUGUGCGUGACCCCUCGUCAUCUCGGUAAGGUUAGUAAGCGUAGUUAACUGUCUUCGGCGGUAAUGCUAAUGGUGCUAAUCAACACCACCGUAUGACUGCGAACGUCCAUCGACAUUUGUUUGCCACGUCAUGCAACAUCUGUUUAAUAACAUCGUCCAUUGUGUUAAAGUGUACAGCACAUUAGUUUAGAGAUGGUUUUGGGAGCUUCUGUUCAUAGAGUAGUCGUUUUGCUCUCUCUCUCUCUCUCUCUCUCUCUCUCUCUCUCUCUCUCUCUCUCUCUCUCUCUCUCUCUCUCUCUCUCUCUCUCUCUCUCUCUCUCUCUCUCUCUCUCUCUCUCUCUCUCUCUCUCUCUCUCUCUCUCUCUUUCACACACACACACACACACACACACACACAUCCUUUGGUCUAUACUAUUACCGUCCCCCAAAAAAACAUGACCGUCUCUAUACAUACAUACAUACAUACAUACAUUUACAAACAUGAAUGUUCUAAUUUAGUCAUAAUUUUCGUAUGCAUUGUAUGUGUAAUUACGUUGUCCAUUCGAUUUAUUUUAGAAAAAAAAGGGUAAUAAAACCGCCGUACUAU